AGUUCAGAUCCGAGUGAGUCACUGUGAAGAAGGAGGAAAAUAUAUUAAAAAGGAAUUUCGAAUCCUUUUUUUUAAGUACGGAGAAGUCGUGUUAAGUUUUUAAAAACGCCCCUCUAUCAAAUUAUUAUAGAAAAAAGUUUCUUCAAAAUUGUUCUUUUAAUACAACAACAAUAAAAAACAGUGUUGGAUUUAAUAAAACUGAAUUCAAUCCAUAACAAAUAAAAUUGAAUAAAUUUUACUUAAAGUGAAAUUAAAUAAAUUAUUGAAUAUUAAAGUAUCUCAUAGAUACGCCAAAUAAAAUCAUUAAAAAUAUUCUCAUUUCGGUAUUAGAAAGUGUGAAAUAAAAUAAAAGAAAGUUUAUACGCUUAAAAAAAAAACUCAAAAAACAAAACAAAAACUCUCUUAACUAAGCUUUAAAGUUAAUUUAUUAUAUUAAUUAAAACAAAUAAAAAUAAAAACAAUCAACAUGUCUGCAUCACCAACUGCCAGGCAAGCCUAUUCUCACGCAAUUCCUGUUGUGAAGAAAAUUACAAUUAAUGAUCCAAAUCAAAUGCCAGAUGUGUACUCUUCAACGCCUGGUGGUACCAUGUACUCAACAACACCUGGAGGAACCAAACUUAUCUAUGAACGCAAUUUCAUGAAAAAUCUCCGCGGUUCCCCCAUGAGUCAAACCCCACCAAACAAUAUACCAUCGUGUUUAUUGCGAGGCACCCCUAAGACACCAUUCCGCAAGUGUGUACCUGUCCCAGAAUCUAUCAGGAAAUCACCAAUGAAAAUUGAAGAUAGCCAUGAACAAUUCCAAUUGGAAUUAUAAACAUAUAAAUAUUUGUAUUUUUAAAUUAAGAAACAACAACAAAUUGCAAUUCAUUACAAAUCUAACAGGAUAAGUCACUUCUCGAUAUUAUAAAAGUUGUAAAAUCAUAUUCUAAGGAUAUGUUUUUGUUUUACUUACUUAUCCAAAAACAACAACAAAAUCACUAAAAAUCUUGUACAUAUACAAAAAAAUCGAUAGUUUUCUAGUUUUUAAGUCAACAACAAAAAAGAAAAGUCUUAGAAUUUAGUUUGUAUUUUUUUAAUAAGUUUAAGAAAAAGAAAAUUUAGUUUUUCGAUUAAUUUCUUAUAAUCUUUUUUUUUUAAUUAGUCAUUUGCCCAUAAAUUAUAUAAUAUUUGUAUUUAAGAAUAUCAUUUGAAAAAAGAAUAUAUUUUUGUAUUAAGAACAAAAUUCGGUCAUAUUGACCGAAGUGAAAAAAUUUUAAAUAAAUGUGAGAGUCCGGGUCUAAAAUAUGAGAAAGAAAAACAAACUUCAAAUUAGAUCUCAAGUUGAAUAGUUUCAAACGAAUCAAAUACAUUUUUGAAAAAAAAACCUAUACCCACUCUCAAAAUUCUGUAAUUAUAUUUGUUUAUCUAAAUUAUCUUCAUUAAAUUGUUAAAAAUUUUA